AUGCGUACAGAGCCCUUCAACACGGCCGGUUCCCGGAACCCAAGCUCCAGCUCUCAGCGCAGGCUGUUUGUGGCCGGUCCCUGCCCUGCCUUUGCGCCCGUGGGCGGUGGACAAGUGGUGGAGGAAGUUCAAGCCAGUGAAGAGGCAGGAACUGCUGUGGGCAGCGCAGCCCUGGGUCUGUCCCUGAGGACUUUCAUCUGCGUCCUCUUCCUGCCGUUCAUCUUCUCGGGACUCGCUCCUCGGGCAAAGGACAGCCCGGCCAUGAGGAAGACCCAGGAGAUGACCCUCCAGAGCAGGUUCAACCUGUCUCAGCUGAACCCCCUGGAUCUACGGAAUCGCUCUGUGGGGCUCCAGGCCCAGAAGGACAGCUCUGCCCCCCACUUCACCCUGGAGGGCCAGAGGUUCCUAAUCCUGGGGGGCUCCAUCCACUAUUUUCGGGUGCCCCGGGACUACUGGAGGGACCGCCUGCUGAAACUCAAGGCCUGUGGCUUCAACACCGUGACCACCUACGUGCCCUGGAACCUGCAUGAGCCAGAAAGAGGCGCCUUCAACUUCUCUGGGAACCUGGACCUGCAGGCCUUUGUCCUGAUGGCCGGGGAGAUUGGGCUCUGGGUGAUCCUGCGUCCAGGCCCCUACAUCUGCAGCGAGAUCGACCUCGGGGGCCUGCCCAGCUGGCUCCUGCGGGACCGCCAGAUGAGGCUGAGGAGCACGUACUCGGGCUUCCUGGAAGCUGUGACCGUGUAUUUCAAUGAGCUGAUCCCCAUGCUGGUCCCCCUGCAGUACCGCAGGGGCGGCCCGGUCAUUGCCCUGCAGGUGGAGAACGAGUAUGGCGCCUUCAUGACUGACAACACAUACAUGGCUCACCUGCACCAGGCCCUGGUGGACAGAGGGAUCGUGGAGCUGCUCCUGACCUCAGACAACGAGAACGAUUUCAUCCAAGGCUCCAUCAAAGGCGUGCUGGCCAGCAUCAACAUGCAUAAGCUGUCCAAGGAUCUGUUCCAGAGGGUCAGGAUGCUGCAGCCAGAUAUGCCCAUUUUGGUCAUGGAAUUCUGGGUCGGCUGGUUCGACACCUGGGGGGGCAACCAUGCCACUCGAAACGCCAGAGAUGUUGUAUGUGCUGCAACUGAGUUUCUCAAAUACGGCAUCUCCUUCAAUACAUACAUGUUUCAUGGUGGAACUAACUUUGGGUUCAUGAAUGGGGGUGUGAGCUCCUCUUCACACCAGAGUGUGGUCACCAGCUACGACUAUGACGCGGUGCUGACAGAGGCUGGGGACUACACGGAAAAAUACUACGCUUUCCGGAGACUCUUCAGGACUCUCGGGCUCUCUCUGCCCUCCUUACCUGCGGAGAGUGCUAAGGCCCGGUACCCGCCUGUGAAGCCCUCCCUCUUCCUGUCCCUAUGGGACGUUCUCCCGUACUUGGAAAAGCCAGUCCUGUCCAAGGGCCCCAUCAACAUGGAGAACCUGCCCAUCAACAACGGCAAUGGCCAGGCCUUCGGGUUCACGCUCUAUGAGACGACCAUUUGCUCUGGAGGCUGGCUGGAGGCAGAGGUUCACGAUGUGGCACAGGUUUUUCUGAACCAGACGUACAUUGGUGACUUGCACGAUAGGGCCAAGGAGUUGAUGCUUCCGGACCACAAGGAUUGUCGUCGUCUCAGGAUCCUGGUGGAGAACCAAGGACGAGUCAGUUAUUCCAGGAAAAUUCUAACUGAACGGAAAGGCAUCAUUGGGCCGGUGAAGGUGAAUAAGCGGCCUCUGGUGGGCUUCACCAUCUACUCACUGGAAAUGAAAGAGAGCUUCUUUAACAGGCUCCGGACUGCCACCUGGAUGUCUGUCCCCAAGAAGUAUGUGGGCCCUGCCUUCUACCUGGGAACCUUGCAUGCUGGCUCUUCGCCCAGGGACUCCUUUCUGGACCUUCAGAGCUGGAAUUAUGGAUUCGUGUUCAUCAAUGGACAUAACCUUGGGAGGUAUUGGAAGAUUGGGCCGCAGAAAACACUUUACCUUCCUGGUGCCUGGCUUAAUCCAGAAGACAAUGAGAUCAUACUGUUUGAUAAAAGGGAGAGUGGCUUAGACAUCAGAACAACAGAGAAUCCCAGUCUGGGUAGCAGCUGGGAUGUGCCGAGCCCUGACAGUGUCCACCUGGACCAGGCAGGCACUGAGUACCCCGAGGGCCUGCAGUACCAUCACAUGGAGAUCGAGAGUCACCCUCUGUGUCACCUGUGA